AUGGCGCCUUUGUCUAGUGUGCCCCCCGAUAUCGCCCUCAUACAAGGUCCUCUGCUUCUUGGAUAUCUGUUCGGAUAUGGUCUAUUCGGGGUCUUGGUCGUGCAGAUGUAUUUCUAUCAUCUAAACUUCCCCAAGGACCAUCGGUGGAUGAAGACCUUCGUGUGGAUCGUGUUUUCGGCCGAGAUUUUGUUGUCUGUGUUCAGUACCAUCGCAGCAUGGCAACUCUUUGCUGAGGGAUGGGGCGACCUCGACUCCCUAGUCGCACCGACCUGGUCGUUCACGGCGCUUCCUUCGAUCUGCGGGUUCACGACGUGCAGUAUCAUCGUGUGGCUUGCUAGCGGCGCCGCCUGCGACGUGAUGAUCACCGCGGUCAUGGUCCGAUUCCUCAUUCGCGCCAGCUCUUCCUCGCAUUGGAUGGACACGAAGGACACGCUCAACAAGCUGAUCAAGCUCACGGUCGAGACGGGGAUGAUCACCGCGUUCGGGGCGACCAUCGAGCUAAUAUUGUUCUGGGCCUUCCACCAGAACAACGUCCACUUCAUCCUGUACUCGAACACGAUUCUAGCCACGCUGAACGCGCGCGCGGGGUUCAGGGGCGGCUCGUCGGUCUGGAGCAGCUCGGCGCAAGGACGGAGCGUCGCGCUGUGGGAGGACUCGGACACGGCGCUCGACUUCUCGACGGAGAGGUCCGGCACGACUACGACGAUGAGCGUGAUGGUCACGACGACGCGCAGGACGACGGACGAGAACGGGAACGAGAUGCAGAUGGUCGUGCUGCCGCAGUCUGUGAGUGUCGCGCGUGAGGCAUCGCAGAUCGACGACGCGUCGAUACACGACUCGAAGAAGCAGGUUGACAGUGUCGAUUAA